AUGGCACAAAUCACCUCCGCACCACCUACUGAGGUGAGCCAACCAUUACAACAGGUUCUCAAUGUCUGGAAUCGCAUCCGAGUGAACAGCCCCAUCUAUGAUUUCCUACUUCGCGACGUGGACAUUUAUCAUGCCGAAGAGGGCACCUUCACUGCCAGAAUCCAGGUUGCUUCCAAGCACCUGAAUUCGAAAGGCGGGUUGCAUGGCGUCUUCUCUGCCUGCGUCACUGACUGGGCUGGCGGUUUGGCAAUUGCCUCAUGUGGGCUUGAAUCUACAGGCGUCAGCACAAAUAUCAAUGUCAGCUAUCUUUCGUCAGCGGCCGCUGGUGACUGGCUGGAAAUCCAAGGCCAUGCUAAUAAAGUUGGGAGAAACCUUGCCUUUACCACAAUAGCCAUCUCGAAAUGCACGAGCUCAGGCGAGACCACCCUGGUCGCUCAAGGAUCUCAUACCAAAUACCUUGCCCGACGGUGA